CUAAUACAACCCUCCAAGUGAGCAGGACUAUUCUUCCCACUGCGAUCUGACAGUUGACUGUGUGCCUGGAGAGAAGACAGCAUUAAAAACCAAGUUUGCUACUGAAAAAGGAGGAAGAAGAAGACUUUCACUGAUGGACUUAGCCAUGCCAGCAUAGCCUUGAAUUUUCGACAGCAGUUUAGGACUCUGGAUUCUUAUGUGCCUUGAGGUUUGCUAAACUGGUGGUUUAUUACUCAAAGAAAGAAAGAAAGAAUGUGGCAGAUUGUUUUCUUUACUUUGAGCUGUGAUCUUGUCUUGGCCGCAGCCUACAACAACUUUCGCAAAAGCAUGGACAGCAUAGGAAAAAAGCAGUAUCAGGUCCAGCAUGGGUCCUGCAGCUACACUUUCCUCCUGCCGGAGAUGGACAACUGUCGCUCUUCCUCCAACUCCUACGUAUCCAAUGCUGUGCAGAGGGAUGCACCACUAGAUUACGAUGAUUCGGUGCAGAGGCUGCAAGCAUUGGAGAGCAUCAUGGAGAACAACACUCAGUGGCUAAUGAAGCUUGAGAAUUACAUCCAGGACAACAUGAAGAAAGAGAUGGCGGAGAUGCAGCAGAAUGCAGUGCAGAACCAGACUGCUGUGAUGAUAGAAAUAGGAACCAGCCUGCUCAAUCAGACAGCAGAGCAAACACGGAAACUAACUGACGUGGAGGCCCAAGUAUUAAAUCAGACAACAAGACUUGAACUUCAGCUUCUGGAACAUUCUCUUUCUACAAACAAAUUGGAAAAACAGAUUUUGGAUCAGACCAGUGAAAUAAACAAAUUGCAAGACAAGAACAGUUUCCUAGAAAAGAAAGUGCUAGAUAUGGAAGACAAGCACAUAGUUCAACUACAGUCCAUAAAAGAAGAGAAAGACCAGCUCCAGGUGUUAGUCUCCAAGCAAAACUCCAUCAUUGAAGAACUAGAAAAACAAUUAGUGACGUCCACAGUGAAUAAUUCAGUUCUUCAAAAGCAGCAUCAUGAUCUGAUGGAGACAGUUCGUAAUUUAGUGACUAUGAUAUCAACAUCAAACUCAGCUAAGAACUCCUUUGUUGCUAAAGAAGAACCAAUCAUUUUCAGAGACUGUGCUGAAGUAUUCAGAUCAGGACAUACCACUAAUGGCAUCUACACGUUAACAUUUCCUAAUUCUACAGAAGAGAUAAAGGCUUACUGCGAAAUGGAAACUGGUGGAGGCGGGUGGACUGUUAUUCAGCGACGUGAAGAUGGCAGUGUUGAUUUUCAGAGGACCUGGAAAGAAUAUAAAGUGGGAUUUGGUAACCCUUCAGGAGAACACUGGCUGGGAAAUGAGUUUGUCUCACAACUGACUAAUCAGCAACGCUAUGUGCUUAAAAUACACCUUAAAGACUGGGAGGGAAAUGAGGCUUACUCAUUGUAUGAACAUUUCUGUCUCUCAAAUGAAGAACUCAAUUAUAGGAUUUAUCUUAAAGGACUCACAGGGACAGCCGGCAAAAUAAGCAGCAUAAGCCAACCAGGAAAUGACUUUAGUACAAAGGAUGCAGACAACGACAAAUGUAUUUGCAAGUGUUCACAAAUGCUAACAGGAGGCUGGUGGUUUGAUGCAUGUGGUCCUUCCAACUUGAAUGGAAUGUACUACCCACAAAGGCAGAACACAAACAAGUUCAAUGGUAUUAAGUGGUACUACUGGAAAGGGUCAGGCUACUCACUCAAGGCCACCACCAUGAUGAUCAGACCAGCAGAUUUCUAAAUGUCUGUCUAUACUUGACGAAGAGCGUAUUGUACUAUUUUGAAAGAAUUAAUCCCACAGCACUGAAGACACUGCUGCACACUGUCUCUCCAUGUCAGACAGCAUGCUUUUGGGUGCCGAUGGGGUCCAAAUGCUCCAGAUUAGAGACCUGUAAACUUCAUCAUUUUAACCUGCAUCACUUAAAGAACCAAAGCAAAACCCCAAACAAGCAACGAUCUGGCAUUGAAAUCUGACAGAACACCUAUGAGAAGGUGGAUUCAAGGUUGAGAGUUAGACUGACAAUUUACAGACUCUGCUGUCACAACCAAGAAUGUUAUGUGAGAGUUAAUCAGUAAAUAACUGGAAAACAGAACACUUAAAUAGUACAGAUAAUCUUGGACUGCAUUCCUUUAAGCACUGUUUAUAGAUUGUGUAAAUAUCCAUAUGUCCUGAAUUCAGCAUCACUAUCACAAUUAAAUGAAAGUAAAAAUUCUCUAAGCUACAAAAAUAUAUUAUAUAUUCAGGGAUUUUCUGAAAAGUGGCUACUAGCAGUUUAAUAUUUGGAAAAACAC